AUGUUAAUUUCUAUUAGCAUUGUCAUUACAAAUUAUGCAAUCGCCUCACAUCAUUUGGAAGUAACAGCUUGCUAUGAAAAUAAUUCGGUUUUUGAAAUGGCUAAAAGAAGACCAAGAAUUAUUGAUGUUGUCACAGGAUAUUCUGUAAACUUAUUGUGUAACUUUUGUAAGGCAAAAGAAGAUUACUACCCAAAAUUAUGGUUUUAUGGGCCAAGAAUUCAAAAAAGUAGGAGUAACAUAUUAACAGAGAUUCCAGUGAACGAUAUUGGUACAAAAUUAUUGAUAACCCCUUUUCAUAAGUUAACUAUUUAUGAUUUUAAUGAAAAGUAUUCAGGAAUUUAUAUAUGUAAAAGUCCUGAAUUUAUGGAAGAGGGUAAUGCGUUCAUGUACAUUAUUGAAGGUAUAUUUAAGGUUGAUGUUAGUCCCAAACUUGGAACGUUCGACCAGUGGGCCGAAUACAAACGGAAUUACUUUGAUCCUCUGAACAAGCAAUUAGAGACAUCUGAAGAAGCACUUUUUCAAUCACUGAGAGAUUCUAACACAACUUUCAAAUUAAUAACAAUCUGGGAUAACUGGGGUGAUUGUAAAGAGUUUGAUCACCAGAAAGGUGUACGUAAAAGAUUGGGUAGAUGUCGCUUACAGCCCAUUGCUAUAAAUACUACGUUUGAGAACCUAGCGAAAGAUACAUUCGCUAACAAUAAAACCAUAUCGUACUUAACUGAUGGCUACGAUAUUCCCUGUCGUUCUUUACAACUCAACAAAAUGCACCCCGAAUUAAGCAAAAUUGUUAGAUAUAUACCUGAGUAUGAAGCACAGGAACUAUGUCAUUACACAAAGCGUGCUGCGAAAACCAAAUUGAAUAAAGAUAAACGCAAAAUUACAAAACUAGUUGAAGAAAACAGUCAUGUUACGCUUCUAUGCUCGGAUAUAUUUCCAAGUACAGAGUUACAAUGGCUUAAAGACACAAAAGUAUUAAAUUCUUUAUUUAGAAAUAAUGUACUGUGUAAAAAUGAAGACGAACCGCAUAUAUCACUAGACGCCAAUAAUUCUUUGCACAUAUUGCAUAUUAGAAAAAAUGAAGAAGGAAAUUAUUCGUGUACGGUGAACGGCAAAAAAGUUCAAGAGUUUGAAGUAAGAGUUGUGUCUAAAUCGAAAUUAUUAAACCAAGAAUUUAUUCGCUACUCAAUUUACUUAGGAUUUGUACUGUCGCUAUCUAUGGCAUGUUACUGCGCUGGAGUAUGUGUUGCUUGGCAUCGCAGGUCUUCUUUUGUAGAUCCUCUCUUUUUUGACAAAAGAGAUAGUCGUGGAAACCAUCGUCUGCAUUGUGAACGAGAGAGUCUUUUAAAGUAAAAUCGAAUUUGUUACUUAAGAA